AUGCGUUCCCCUGUCUCAGCUCUAUCUUACAAUCGUAUCAAUACGUUUUCAUCUCAUACUAGGAGGAUAACUUUUCCCUUCCAAUCCCCAAAAUGCCCAAGAAAUCAUCGAUGUUUCGCAGGAACCCGCGUCAAGUCCAGACAGGCUGCUGAUGAUCCCAAUUUCACAUCUAUUAUAGACAAUCCCCCGAACUUGGUGCGCACAGGAAGAAGGCAUGGGCCUGGUCUUAUUAUUCUAGCUUUGAUUCCUCUAACAGCUUUCGCCUUGGGGACAUGGCAAGUGCAACGUUUGGAUUGGAAAUCAAAGCUCAUUGCAAAAUUUGAGGAUCGCCUCGUUCGUGAUCCUUUACCACUUCCCCCACACAUUGAUCCUUCGGCAAUAAAAGAAUUCGACUAUAGGAGAAUUUUUGCGACUGGUCACUUUAGACACGAUCAAGAAAUGCUGAUUGGCCCUCGAUUACAUGAUGGGAAAGACGGAUAUCUCGUCAUUACUCCUUUGGAGCGAGAUGGUAAGGGCACUAGUGUUCUUGUAAACCGGGGUUGGAUCGAAAAGAAAUUUAAGAAGCAAACAAGUAGGCCUGAUGGGUUGCCUCAAGGUGAGGUAACGGUCGAGGGAUUGUUGCGGGAACCUUGGAAGAAGAAUUAUUUCACGCCAGAUAAUAGUCCACAGACUCAGGAAUUUUACUUUCCUGACGUCGAGCAAAUGGCUAAGUUGACAGGGAGUCAACCUGUUUGGAUUGAAGAGACAAUGGAACCUGACCUCUUGAUGGCUUGGGAUCGCGCUGCACGUGGGAUUCCAAUAGGAAGACCGGCAGAAGUCAAUCUCCGAAACAACCACACACAGUACAUAUUUACAUGGUACGCCUUGGCUGCUGCUACGUCAGUUAUGCUAUGGAUGGUUGUAAAGAAACCAUCUGCAGACAUCGCUCGACGAGUUCGUCAAAAUAAAGAAUGGUCUUGA